AUGGGGAAUGAGGCCUCACAACUUGCAAGGGACACUGAGAAUGAUCUAAGACAUGAUGGGGAAAUAGGAGAUGUAAACAGAGAUGACAAAGUGGCGAACAACAUCUAUGCUAAAGAGGAUAAUGGUGAAGAUGAAGAAGAGGUUGUUGAUCGAUAUGAACAUGAGAUUGAGCAAUCAGUUGCUGAUUUUGUUGAUGAGGAGUUCAUUGGUCGCAUGACAAUUCCAGAAAGCUCAGAUGAAGAAGAGGACGAGUUUGUUGCAAGAGAUAGAAGGAUGAAAAACAAGUCUUUUGACAGAUUGUCUAUUGGAACAACUUUCUACUCAGGUUUCGAGUUCAAAGAGGCUGUAUUAGAGUAUGCUUUGAGUAAGGCGAGAAACAUUGUGCAAAACAGAUGGGAUAAGACAAAGCUUAGUUUUAAGUGUGGUAUUGGAGGUAAAUGUAAAUGGAGGGUAUACUGCUCAUAUGAUAAGCCGAGACAGUGUUGGUUGGUGAAAACAAGAUACAAGUACCAUAUUUGUACUCCUAACGGGAAGUGCAAGCUUUUGAAAAGUCAUGUAAUAGCAAGGAUUUUUCUGGAUAAACUGAGAGAAGACAGUGGUUUGAUGCCAGAAAAAAACCAAGAGCAGAUUAAGGAUAUUUGGAAACUAGUUGCGUCAAGAAAUCAGUGCCAGAGAGGAAGACUACUUGCUUUGAAAUGGCUGGAAAAAGAGUAUGCAGACCAAUUUUCUCAUCUCCGAGGUUAUGUGAGAGAGAUCGAGAAGACAAACCCAGGUAGUAUUGUUGUGCUCGAUACGUCUUGCAAUGCUGGGGGUAAGGAUGUUUUUGAUCGCUUUUACAUUUAUCCGGUUGCUUGGGCUGUAGUAAAAACUGAAAACUCGGAUAACUGGUUGUGGUUUGUUCAACGGCUGAAGGCUGAUUUAGUUCUCGGUGAUGGGAGCAGAUUUGUUCUUAUUUCUGAUGGCUCAAAGGGUCUGAUCAGUGCAGUGAAGGCUGAAUUACCUAAUGCAGAGCACAGACGAUGUGUUAAACAUAUUGUGGACAAUUUAAAGAAAAAGCAUAAGAACAAAGAUUUUCUGAAACCAAUGGUUUGGAAUCUAGCAUGGGCCUACAAUAAGACACAGUACAAGGCAGAACUCCAGAAUCUGAAAGACUACAACAUGUCUUUGUAUGACGACGUGAUGAAGAAGGAACCAAAGACUUGGUCGUUGGCAUAUUAUAGGCUUGGAAGCUUAUGUGAGGAUGUCGACAACAAUGCAACUGAGUCAUUUAAUGCCACCAUUCUUGCAGCAAGAGCUAAGGCAGUUGUGCCUAUGUUGGAAACUAUUAGAAGGCAAGCAAUGGUUAGAAUAGCUAAAAGAAAUAAGAAAUCUGAGAGGCGCGCAGAGAAAUUCACAAAAUAUGUGGUUAAGAUGCUUGAAUCGGAGAAGGAAGACGCUGAAAAGUGUAUAACGACUCCUUGUACUCAUGGAGUUUUUGAGGUUAGUCUUUAUCGCUGUUCAUAUGACGUAAACACGACAAGGAUGACCUGCACAUGUGGGAAGUGGCAGAUAACGGGAAUUCCAUGUGAACAUGCUUAUGGAGCGAUGAUAGAUGUUGGGUUAGAUGUUGAAAAUUAUGUUUCUGAAUUCUUUUCCACUUCUAAAUGGCGGAUGACAUACAAUGACUCUAUCAACACCGUUAGAGGACCACACUUUUGGAUGAAUGGGUGUUGGAACUGUUACAGAACCAGAGUUCGUUGCUUUAACGUAGCCAUCACAGUCACACAUAAACUAAGGAAGGAUGGUGACUUAUGA